AUGCUCGUAGUAAGGAUUAACGAUGCCCGACCUUACGAUGCUCGUGGUAACGAUGCUCGUGGGAACGAUGCCCGAGCUCACGAUGCUCGUGGUAACGAUUACCGUGGGAACGAUGCUCGUGGGAACGAUGCUCGUGGGAACGAUGCUCGUUGGAACGAUGCUCGUGGUAACGAUGCUCGUGGGAACGAUGCUCGUGGUCACGAUGCUCGUGGGAACGAUGCUUGUGGUCACGAUGCUCGUGGUCACGAUGCUCCUGGGAACGAGACCCCUGGGAACGAGGCCCGUGGGAACAAGCCCCCUGGGAACGAGGCCCCUGGGAACGAGGCCCCUGGGAACGAGGCCCCUGGGAACGAGGCCCCUGGGAACGAGGCCCCUGGGAACGAGGCCCCUGGGAACGAGGCCCCUGGGAACGAGGCCCCUGGGAACGAGGCCCCUGGGAACGAGGCCCCUGGGAACGAGGCCCCUGGGAACGAGGCCCCUGGGAACGAGGCCCCUGGGAACGAGGCCCCUGGGAACGAGGCCCCUGGGAACGAGGCCCCUGGGAACGAGGCCCCUGGGAACGAGGCCCCUGGGAACGAGGCCCCUGGGAACGAGGCCGGUGGGGUCGAGGCUCGUGGGGUCGAGGCCCGUGGGUUCGAGGCUCGUGGGGUCGAGGCCCGUGGGUUCGAGGCUCGUGGGAACGAGGCUCGUGGGAACGAGGCUCGUGGGAACGAGGCUCGUGGGAACGAGGCCCCUGGGAACGAGGCCCCUGGGAACGAGGCCCCUGGGAACGAGGCCCCUGGGAACGAGGCCCCUGGGAACGAGGCCCCUGGGAACGAGGCCCCUGGGAACGAGGCCCCUGGGAACGAGGCCCCUGGGAACGAGGCCCCUGGGAACGAGGCCCCUGGGAACGAGGCCCCUGGGAACGAGGCCCCUGGGAACGAGGCCCCUGGGAACGAGGCCCCUGGGAACGAGGCCCCUGGGAACGAGGCCCCUGGGAACGAGGCCCCUGGGAACGAGGCCCCUGGGAACGAGGCCCCUGGGAACGAGGCCCCUGGGAACGAGGCCCCUGGGAACGAGGCCCCUGGGAACGAGGCCCCUGGGAACGAGGCCCCUGGGAACGAGGCCCCUGGGAACGAGGCCCCUGGGAACGAGGCCCCUGGGAACGAGGCCCCUGGGAACGAGGCCCCUGGGAACGAGGCCCCUGGGAACGAGGCCCCUGGGAACGAGGCCCCUGGGAACGAGGCCCCUGGGAACGAGGCCCCUGGGAACGAGGCCCCUGGGAACGAGACUCCUGGGAACGAGGCCCCUGGGAACGAGGCCCCUGGGAACGAGGCCCCUGGGAACGAGGCCCCUGGGAACGAGGCCCCUGGGAACGAGGCCCCUGGGAACGAGGCCCCUGGGAACGAGGCCCCUGGGAACGAGGCCCCUGGGAACGAGGCCCCUGGGAACGAGGCCCCUGGGAACGAGGCCCCUGGGAACGAGGCCCCUGGGAACGAGGCCCCUGGGAACGAGGCCCCUGGGAACGAGGCCCCUGGGAACGAGGCCCCUGGGAACGAGGCCCCUGGGAACGAGGCCCCUGGGAACGAGGCCCCUGGGAACGAGGCCCCUGGGAACGAGGCCCCUGGGAACGAUGCUCGUGGGAACGAGGCCUGUGGGAACGAUGCUCGUGGGAACGAUGCAUGGGACAGGUAG